CGCCGUUAGCCAAGAUGGCGGCGGUGGAAUUCAGGCUGCCCGGGGCGAGGAAACGUUUAACGUCCAACCUGCUUCGCAGCAGCGGCGGAGACCGGGAUUUGGUGGCCCCCGGGGACACCAUCACCACGGACCCGGGAUACAUGCGGGGCCACGGAACCUACCUCGGGGAUGAGCAGCUGGUGGCGUCCGUGGCCGGAGUUGUCGAGAGGGUGAACAAACUGGUGUGUGUCAAAGCAUUAAAAGCCAGGUACAACGGUGAAGUUGGAGACAUCGUGGUUGGGAGAAUUACAGAGGUUCAGCAGAAACGAUGGAAGGUGGAAACCAAUUCUAGAUUAGAAUCUGUGCUUUUGCUGUCUUCCAUGAAUCUUCCAGGUGGAGAGUUGAGACGCCGAUCUGCAGAGGAUGAACUAGCUAUGAGAGAUUUUCUCCAAGAAGGAGACCUUGUCAGCGCCGAAGUCCAAGCGGUGUUUUCUGACGGGGCAGUCUCGUUGCACACUCGAAGUCUCAAAUAUGGAAAGCUUGGCCAGGGGGUCCUGGUCCAGGUCUCCCCGUCCCUGGUGAAGCGUCAGAAAACUCACUUCCACGACUUGCCAUGCGGGGCCUCCAUCAUUCUUGGCAACAACGGCUUCAUCUGGAUUUACCCCACCCCUGAGCAGAAAGAGGACGAGGCUGGGGGCUUUGUGGCGAACCUGGAGCCGGUGCCUCUGCCUGACCGUGAGGUCAUCUCCCGCCUCCGAAAUUGUAUCAUGGCUCUGGUGUCCCAGAAGAUGACCUUGUACGACACGAGCAUCCUGUACUGCUACGAAGCUUCUCUCUCUCACCAGAUCAAAGACCUUCUCAAACCAGAAGUGGUGGAGGAGAUUGUGUUGGAGACACGCCAGAGGCUUCUGGAACUGGAAGGAUGAUGGCAGAGAAGGAGUGAGCGCCAAGUUAGAAAUCUAGAGAUUCUGA